AUGGCCUCCGUCAUACCACUAAAGGUGAGGAAGCUCAUGGAUGUAAAACUGGGGGAGCUGCCCAGCUGGAUAUUGAUGUGGGACUUCACCCCGAGUGGCAUCGCAGGAGCAUUCCAGCAAGAACAUGAACGGUUAUGGAAGUACCACUAA